AUGGAUCCAAACAACGUUGAUUUAGUCGAGAACCGUCGCCGCAUGCUCGCCGGUGAGCUGUACUACGCCUUCACUUCCGAUCUUAUAGCCGACCGCCUCCGGUGCAAGGUAGCCUGCAAUGCUUUCAACACACAGGAUGGUGCCGGGGCUCCGCGACGAAAGCUGGUAGAGUUGUGGAAAGACAUCGUCCGCGACGAAACACCCCUCCCACCGCCGGGCAGCGCCGAAGAGGAAGCAGCCCUCGCAAGCUACCCCUGGGUCGACAGCCCCAUCAAGUUCGACUACGGCACCCAGUGCACGUAA